UGAUUAGAUUUCUAAUUUAUUUAACCCAAGUAUUAUACUUACACGUUUUUAAACGUCUGUUAGUACUCGUAAUUAUUAUACUGUGUCAUUUUGGUAUCUCAAAGUUGACCUUAUAAGUAUACAAAUAAAAAAUAUUAUUUAUAUCCAUUUCCGUUAUCUAAUAAAAGUUCUUAUCAUUCAUCUCCCAAUAACAACAAACGCCGAUGCCGAUGCAUUAUCGUAGUAAAUACGUCAUCUCUAUGUAUGUUAUGCGCUUACGCAUAGAACGGAGGCUGCGGCGGCGGCGGCGGCGCUAUGCCCUCUGGAGGCUCGCGAUUCCGACAGUCGCGUGAGAAUCGUUGCGGCAGCCGGUUGGGCCCGACACCGAGCACACGCACAACAAAUCGCGGACGAUAUAUUUUACGAUACAACUUGCGAUUUUUAAGCGUCGUGAAUCGUGAGUUUAAAAGUGCAUUGGACCAUGUGGUUUGCGAACUUCGCUGGCGAGAUGUUUGAGUACGCAUGAUUUUGAUGAAACCGUCGUGAAAAACAGCACAAAUGAAGAUGACUGUAAAUCGCAUUAGGGUGGUAGUGUUGGGGAGUCCGCGGUGCGGGAAAUCGGCGGUCGUCGUGCGUUAUCUAACCAAGCGGUACAUAGGUGAAUACAGCUCUACAGGAGAUUUCCUUUAUCAGCACCGAGUCGCGUUCGACGGCGCAGUAUCUGAAGUCGAGAUUAUGGACACUUCUAACUGUGCAAUUCGUGGCUGCUUGGCGGAGCACGUGCGAUGGGGCGACGCUUUCGCUGUGGUGUAUUCAGUGUGCGAGCGGCGGUCCUUCGCGGCGGCCGCCGAGCUGCUAUCGCUCCUGGAGCGCACCCGGCUGCCGGGCUGCGCGGCUGUCACCCUCUUGGGGAACAAGAGAGACCUCGAACACGCUAGGGAGGUCCAUGCGGAGGAGGGUCAGGAGCUGUCGCUGCGGUUCGGGUGCCAGUUCUACGAGGUGUCGGCGGCGGAGUCGUGCGCGGGCGCGGCGCUCGCCUUCCACGCGCUGCUGCGCGAGGCGCGCGCGCUCGCGCUGCUGCUACCCUCGCCACGGCGCAAGCUCGCUGCCUAUUCUGUUUCUAAAGUAAUCGGCACAAUAUUUGGCAAAAAUAGCAAAAGUGUGCGAAAGAAAAGGCCGUCACUUAGCAUUUAAACUAGGAUUAAUGUUUCAUACAAAUAUUUAUUACUUAAGCCAUGGAGACUGCUUCGUUUGUAAAUACAAUAAGAAAUCUAUUUUAUAAUAUGCCAGCUAAUGGAAAAUUUUCCUUAGAAAUAUUUUUGGAGUUUUUGAGAAUCUUAUUAACCUGGCCGUCGUGGCCUUAAGCCGCAAAUACAUGAAUUAUAAAUAUGACCCAUUCAAAUGAAAAUGGGAUAAUUUACCUAUUUGUGAAAUAGCGAACAAUGCCAGGUUAAUGAAAUUACACAAAAAACUGUAAAAGCUAUCCCUAUUUUUUAAGAAAAAUAACAUACCUAACUGAAUCUUGUAUUUAAAAAAUCGCGUGCUUUCGACCUUUGGAACAACGUUGGCCGAGCAGGUUUGUAGCUGCACCAACGUAUCUGCACUUAUCAAAGAUCUUAUCUUAUUACGAAAGGGUCUAUAUUUGUUUAUUCGCAUAACUGAUAUGUUGGUAGUCUUACACCCUUCAUUAAACGUGUAAGACAAGUACGUCAACGUUAAACUCAAUCAUUAUGCUCUCGCAAGAUGUGGAAUUACUAUAAUUUUUACAUUCAUGAUUUACGCUGCCGUUUUCACAAAUAGCCAUGUUUAUAAUGCGUCACUGUGACUGAGUUUUUUGGACGUCUAGUAUACCUACUUAUUAAAAAACUGAGUUGAGGAUUUAAAGAGUACUUUUAAAUACAUAUAUUAUAACUGAACUCUCCCCGAAUACUUGAUGCUGCUGGGAUAUAAUUUUGGCAGAUGGGCGACCUCAUUGUAUCAUUGUAAACCUGUCCGGUAGGAUCUAUAUUUGUUAAAAGUGUCUAUUAUUGUCUUGUUGAAGUUGGAAGAACGCUGGGCCGGUCAGUAAAUAGUUCCAUUAUAGUGACUUGAGAUGUGCCUUAAUGAUGAUUCGUUUAGAUACUUGUCAAUCUAAGUUAUAAAAGAAUAUUUUUUGUAGUACCACCACCACAUAUAAGUAUAUACGUUGUAUAUACGUUGCUAACGAGCUCAGUAUUCUCAGUAGUGUUGUAAUUUUUUUGUAUUUAGCAGAAACAAGUAACCUUUUCCAGAUAUAUAGUAGAUAACUUUUGAGGGGAAUAAUAAAUAUAAAAUAGUUUUGCCCUACGGUUGACUGGUAGAGAAUUCCUUAAGUCAUUAAGUCUGCCAUUUGUACUUGUUUUUAUUGCGCAAGAAAGUUUAAAUAUAUAAACAAAAUUUGAAAAUUUUCAUGUUUCUAAUUUUCGUACUGUACCAUAUUAAAAAGCAUCUCGGCCAGGUUACACGGUUUACGUUUAAUACAAACUAGCGACCUGCCCCGGCUUCACACGGGUUACACAAAACCUUAAUAAAUUAUACACCUAAACCUUAAUCAAGAAUCAUUCUCUUAGCUGAAAACCGCAUGAAAAUCCGUUCAGUAGUUUUUGAGAUUUUUUUUUUUUUUUUCUAUUUAUUUAGAAACAAACAGUCAUACACAAUUUUUGAUCAAAACUUAUAGACAAAAAAUAGACCUAUAGUUUCAUAUGUAGAGAAUUAUCGCAAACAUACAGACAAAGAGACAGACGCGGCGGAGGACUUUAUAAGGUGCAGUGAUUACAAUUGUAAGUUGUAUUGUGAGUAUUGAGCCUGGCUUUCUAAGGGUGCGGGUCGUGUGGAUCGAGCGUGACUCGCAGGGCCCGAUUACGGUACCCUACAAUAGAUGUAAUUGAGGCACCACAGGAACAUAUAAACUUAUAUCUGAGGUCACGAACGCUCGAUACAUUAAGCGUUGCUAUUUGUGAAAAGUGUUAUUUAGCGAGAAAAUAAUUCAAACUGUAUGGAUAUUUCUGUAAUAUUAAUAUAAUAUUUUGGCCAUCGUAUUGUUGUCUAGGUAUUAGGUAGGUAGUUAUGUACUUUAUGUGGUAGGUACUCUAAAAAGACAUUGACGUAUCAAUAACACAGUAGCUAUGUGUCCAUACCUCAACGACAAAUCAUUGUAGAUACGCUGCUGCUGCAUCUACUUCUGGUAUUACUGAUUCUUAAGAACGUGCGCUAGUAACUUCACAAGAUGGCACUGACCCCUUUUUAGGGUUCCGAAGCCAAAUGGCAAAAAACGGAACCCUUAUAGAUUCGUCAUGUCCGUCUGUCUGUCCGUUUAUGUCACAGCCACUUUUUUCCGAAACUAUAAAAACUAUACUGUUCAAACUUGGUAAGUAGAUCUAUUCUAUGAACCGCAUUAAGAUUUUCACACAAAAAUAGAAAAAAAACAAUAAUUUUUGGGGGUUCCCCAUACUUAGAACUGACAGUCAAAAAAACAUUUUUUCAUCAAACCCAUACGUGUGGGGUAUCUAUCUAUGGAUAGGUCUUCAAAAAUUAUAUUGAGGUUUCUAAUAUCAUUUUUUUCUAAACUGAAUAGUUUGCGCAAGAGAUACUUCCAAACAUGCAAACUUCCACCGAAAAUUGGUUUGAACGAGAUCUAGUAAGUAGGUUUUUUAAUACGUCAUAAAUGGUACGGAACCCUUCAUGGGCGAGCCCGACUCGCACUUGGCCGUUUUUUUCCUAUAUAUUUUAGGUGGUCGAAUUGCCGCCAUUACACCAUCUAAUGGCGCUAACACCGUCUAAUGCCACAUUCUUUUGACCGAAUUAAUAAAAAUACCUAUUCUUGUAUGUGAUGCUACAUAGCAACAAGAAAAAUAAUUUAAUAAGAGAACUAGUGAGUACUGUGAGUAGUUUAGUUAGCUCCAAAACUUAGUGCCUUCGGUCUAUCCUCCUGACGACAGUGUUUCAAAAUAUUCCAGCUUAAAUUUAACUCGGUCAAAUUCACAAAGAGUCAAAAGUUAAUUGGGGCCUAUGUACAUGUAAAUAGUACGCCAAUCGUCAGGAGGAUGAGUAGACGUAACGGAUCUUACAAUACACGUAGACGUUCUAUAUGUAUUUACAUUUUAACUUUAUUCCUUAUCAGUUACACAAACCUAGGACUGUUUAAUUUUCGUUCAGAAAAUUUUUCUCACGGAUAAUCCCAUUAUUUUAUACAUUGUCGAUUGUACACGGCGCAUGUAGCUAAAGUGGGCGGGGUGCUGAUGCUGACUACUUGCGUGAAUCGCUUAUGCAUUACUCGUGCUCGUGGAAAGACCGAGCGAUGGAGAUAACGAGCAAGAAAAUGUGCGGCUCAGUUGUGCAAGCAGCAUGUGCAAUGUGCAAGUUACUUGUUCCAGUAACCCGUACCUUAACUUGCACCAGUUGCGCAAAUUGCAAGGGUUGCUUGCACUGGUAGAUACUUGCUCAAAUCCUGCGCAAGUGCUUUAACAUAUGCAAGCUACAUGCUCUGUACCUAUACAAGGAAUGUAUGGUCCUUUUAAUAUAUAAAAUGUCGCCUUUUACUAAUUAUGUAAGUAUACCGUGUUAAAUAAAGUCAGUAUAUCUUGUAAAUAAUUCAUAAUAAUAUAAUUCUGUAUAUCAUAAUACACCUCGCACUAGAGUUAUGACUGACUCUACAAAUUGUAAAUAUUGAUGUUAAAAGUUCAUGUUAGCCUUUAGAUAUAACAUUUACAGUAACAUAAUAAAACUCGAUAGUAAAAUAAA